AUGGCUGGAAAUAACAGAGGAGAAGAGAUUGUGACCAUCACAAGACCUGCACAGAUAAAUAACCUGACAGAGGACUUUUCUUUAGGUCCCAUUUUUCGUUUAAACAUGGGUGUCAAAUCAUGGAUAGUUAUCGGUGAUAAAUACAUUGCCAACGGACCGGCAUUUACGAAUCCAGAUAAGCGUUGGAAAAAAUGUCGUGCUAUCACGCAAGAAGUAUUGGCACCUAAAAGCGUCAAACGCAUAGCUAGUACAAUUGAGCGAGAGGCAACAGGAGUCUCAGAGCUUUUGCGGAAGCGAACAGUCGAACGUGAAAGUGUUGACGUUGUCAAGGAUUUAAGACUUGCUUCUGUCAAUGUGAUCAUACAAACAUGCUUUGGCAGGACUAUUGCCUCGCCCGACGAUCCCUUAUUUGAGUCCGUACUCGAGCUACUCGACACAACCAUGGAAUGGGGUGCAUCACAAGAGAACAUCCGCAGCUUUUUACCGGCGUUCACAAAGAUGCUUAAUCUUUAUAUGCGUAGUGAAAAGGACAUGGCUGAUUAUAUUUAA